AUGGGGAAGUGGCUUUCCAUCACCAAUGGACAACACUGCUAUCUUAUGAAAAUCAAAUAUAAUCUUACACUGAAGAAUGUUGACUAUGAGCUAACAGUCAAAUUUUGCUGCACCUUGAUUUUACCCUACAGAUCUUGCUUCACAGAAAAAAAACCAAUGCCUUACAAUCAAAGUCCGGAGCAGUCUACCAGGAAUCAUAGUGAAAAUGAAAGGAGGCUAAAGGAGAAAUGGUGGGAAGAAAAAGAAGGAGGAGAAGGUAGAGGAAGAGAAGAAACGAAGAAAGGAGAGAAGGAAAAAGAAGAGAAAAUGGAAAAAGAUGGACUGUGUCCCAAGAAAAGAAUACUCAGCAAAUCCCUCAUGGACACUCUUUGGGCAAAUUUUAAAUUAAAUAAAUGCCCUGGAGUACGAGCUUAUCUAUCGCUCUCAUUUGAACUUAACUUGACAGAUAAACAGAUAAAACAAUGGUUUUCUAAAAAGAGGAAGAAAUACAAGAAAGAAAUGUUCAGGUGGAAGCAUAACAUAAGAUACAAGAAGUAA